AUGCCCUCUUUCGCUGCGCAAGCAAAGUUGACAAAGGCCAGGAGAUUAAUCAUUCGGGACGACCCUGAUGAGGCAUCGCGAUAUAUUGCCGAUUACAUUCUUGAACGCAUCAAAGGCUUCGACCCUUCUCCUGAGCGUCCCUUUGUGCUGGGCUUGCCAACCGGCAGCAGUCCGAAGCUCAUUUACAAAUAUUUGGUGGAAAGCUUCAAAGCAGGCCAGAUAUCUUUUCGCGAUGUGGUGACAUUCAACAUGGAUGAAUAUGUGGGGAUCCCCCGCGAGCACCCAGAAAGCUAUCAUAGCUUCAUGUACCAGAAUUUCUUCAGCCAUGUCGACAUUGAUCCUGCCAACGUGAACAUUUUAGAUGGAAAUGCAUCCGACCUCGAAGCCGAAUGCCUCGCAUACGAAAGCAAAAUUAAAAACGCCGGCGGGAUUGAGCUAUUCCUCGGCGGCAUUGGCCCGGAUGGGCAUAUUGCAUUCAACGAGCCAGGCUCCAGUCUUCGAUCGCGCACUCGUGUCAAGACGUUGGCGUACGACACAAUUUUGGCAAACUCACGAUUCUUCAAUAACGACCUGAGCCAGGUUCCACGUAUGGCGUUGACCGUGGGCGUGCAAACAGUUCUGGAUGCGCGAGAAGUGGUAAUUAUCACCACAGGUGCACAUAAGGCGCAAGCGCUUCAAAAAAGCAUCGAGGGAGGCGUCAACCACAUGUGGACACUUUCGGGUCUCCAGCUGCACCCUCACGUCAUGAUCGUCGCCGACGAGGAUGCGACGUUGGAGCUACAAGUCAAAACGGUCAAAUAUUUCAAGAGCAUUGAAAAAGUCGCGCGGGAGCUCGGGUUCGAGCAAAAACUUUCGUCGCCAAUCGAAGCCAGCAAAAAAGCUUCCAUGGUGAGUCGGAUGCUGAGUAGCAGAGCCGGUGCCGGUGGUUGGCCGCUUAGUAGUGGAACGGCAUCCACCAACCCCAAAAACCUCACUGUCGAUACUUCAGCCGUUCCUCCCCGACCUGUCACCCCAGAAUUGGUUCCCGACAGUAUGCAUUCGCGGACACCAGUAUAA